AUUAUAUGUCAGUUAUAUUGAUUUCAAGAUUGAAGAUCAAUUUUGCUGCAAUAAUCAUCAGUGGAGAUUUCAAGAUUGUGUUUAUUUUAUUUAAUUUUGUUCUUUCAAUAGAGCAAGCAAGCAAGCAUGGCAGCUUCUUCAUCUUCAUCAGCUUUUCAUUUAAUGAGAGAUGAAAACGACAAUCAGCAGCUUCAGCUUCACCACCACCAGCUUAUGGCUUCUUCCUCCUCCGCACCACCACCACCUCCGGCGGCAUCGGCACCACCACCGGCUUCUUCCACCAAUAAGAAAAGAAGAAACCAGCCCGGAAAUCCAAAUCCAGAUGCGGAGGUGAUAGCGCUAUCGCCGAAAACGCUAAUGGCGACGAACAGAUUCGUGUGCGAGGUGUGCAACAAAGGGUUCCAAAGAGAGCAGAAUCUGCAGCUACACAGAAGAGGACACAACCUGCCAUGGAAGCUGCGGCAAAAAAGCACCAAGGAAGUGAGACGAAAGGUUUACCUAUGCCCCGAACCCACGUGCGUGCACCACGACCCGGCACGUGCGCUGGGUGACCUCACCGGGAUAAAGAAACACUACUCUAGAAAACACGGCGAGAAGAAGUACAAGUGCGAGAAAUGCUCCAAGAAAUAUGCCGUUCAAUCCGAUUGGAAAGCUCACUCCAAAACCUGCGGUACUCGCGAAUAUCGAUGCGAUUGUGGCACUCUUUUCUCCAGGCGCGACAGUUUCAUCACCCACCGUGCCUUCUGCGACGCGCUCGCCCAAGAAAGCGCGCGGAACAUGAAUCCGCCGUCCCUGAACAGCAUCGGAAGUCACUUGUUAGGCCUCUCCCAAAUGUCCACCGAUCAUCAUAAUCACAAUAAUCAUAAUCAUAAUCAUAAUCAUAAUCAGAUUAAUCAAUCACUAUCCAACCAUGAUAUGCUCAGACUCGGGGGCGGAAGCAGGCCGGGCCCACAAUUCGAAACCCUAGUGGGUUCCGGAUUUCGCCCGGCCCGAAGCAGUCUGCCGCCCCCUUCUCCAGCCCUAUACAGCUUGCAACAACAAAGCAAUGAAGAAGAUCACCAUCAACAACAUAAUAAUGGGAUGUUGUCAAACAAGGCCUCGUCUUCGACACAACUUCACGGGCUAAUGCAACUCCCGCAGCUCCACAACAAUGCCGCCAACAACUCCACCUCCAAUUCUUCCACCGCCGGUCUCUUUAAUCUUAGCUUCUUCCCGCCCGGAAAUAGCGUUGCCGCUAGUAAUAUCGACGGCGGCCACCACUCCGGUGGCGGGGGAGAUCAAGAAUCCACUCUCUUCUCAUCAGGUAAUCUGAUGAGCAUGGCGAUCCCAUCACUAUACAGCACGUCGCAUGCAAUUCAAAACCCUAGCGGCGGAGGUGGCACCGCCCACAUGUCGGCAACAGCGCUGCUCCAAAAGGCAGCCCAGUUGGGCUCAACCACCGCCAACUCCGGCGCCUCCUCCCUCCUCAAAAGCUUCGGAAAAUCAUCCGACAACGACCACCACCACCACUCUCUCCACGGCCAUAGCUUCAUCGGAGGAGGAGGAGGGACCGCCACAACAACAGUCUUCGGCGAAAACGACAACAACGGCGGCAACAACCAUCUCCACGACCUCGUCAACUCCAUCGCCGGCGGCGGAUCAGGCUCCAUAUUCGGCGGAGAAAUUGAUGAUUACAGAUCAUCAUCAGGAAUAUUCCACGGCGGUGGAAAUAGCAGCAACCAAGGCGGCGGAUUCAGCAGCUUGGAGCAAGGGAGAUUAACUAGGGAUUUUCUUGGCGUGGGAGAGAUUGUAAGAAGUGUGAGAGAACAGCAGCAGCAACAAAACGCCGCCAUGGAUAAUUCUCAGAGCCAAGCUUUUGGAGGUGGCGCCAAUUUCCGGUGAGGGAGGAACAAAUUAAAUUCUCAAACAUGUUUCAGAUUAUAUAUUACAGGAAUUGAAGUUGAUUCAAGAAGAUGGAGCCUGAUCUCACUCAAAAGCAAAGUUUGUUCUUCGCGUCUCGUCUUACAUAUAUUGUUAGUCAAACUAGAAAAAAAAAAGGAAAAAGAUGUACGUUGCAAAAAUUGUUAUUUUUUUUAUUUUGUAGUGUGACAACCUUUUCUUGUUAUUUUUUAUUUAUUUAUUUUAUUUGUGUUUUACAAUGAAUUUUCCAAAAAAAAAAAAAAAAAACAAUAACAAUGCAUAUUAAUUUCAGGUUAUAAGUAUUUUUUUUUUAAA